AUGAGAUCAUGUAACGUGUGUCUCUUGUUUGAUGUUCUCCUCCAGCACAACGCACCCAUCCCUCAGGGCGGGCGGGGGGCGGUCCAGUUUGUCACGCAGUACCAGCACUCCAGCGGCCAGAGACGCAUCCGGGUCAGCACCAUCGCCAGGAACUGGGCGGACGCACAGACCCAGAUCCAGAGCAUCGCGGCCUCGUUUGACCAGGAGGCGGCGGCCAUCUUGAUGGCGCGUUUGGCCGUGUACCGGGCAGAGUCGGAGGAGGGACCUGACGUCCUGCGCUGGCUGGACCGACAGCUCAUUCGCCUAUGUCAGAAAUUCGGAGAUUACCACAAGGAUGACCCUAACUCAUUCCGUUUCUCUGAGACCUUCUCCCUCUAUCCACAGUUCAUGUUCCACCUGCGGAGGUCUCCAUUCCUACAAGUGUUCAACAACAGCCCAGACGAGAGUUCCUACUACAGACACCAGUUCAUGAGACAGGACCUCACCCAGUCCCUCAUCAUGAUCCAGCCCAUCCUUUAUGCCUACUCCUUUAAUGGACCACCUGAGCCUGUGUUGCUGGACAGCAGCAGCAUCCUGCCCGACCGGAUCCUGCUCAUGGACACCUUCUUCCAGAUUCUCAUCUACCACGGCGAGACGGUGGCUCAGUGGAGGAAGGCGGGCUACCAGGACCUGCCAGAGUACGAGAACUUCCGGCACCUUCUGCAGGCCCCUGUGGACGACGCCCAGGAGAUCCUGCACAGCCGCUUCCCCAUGCCCAGAUACAUCGACACAGAGCACGGAGGCAGCCAGGCUCGUUUCCUGCUCUCCAAAGUCAAUCCAUCUCAGACCCACAACAACAUGUAUGCCUGGGGCCAGGAGUCCGGGGCGCCCAUCCUGACGGACGACGUGAGCCUGCAGGUGUUCAUGGACCACCUGAAGAAAUUGGCUGUCUCCAGCGCAGCCUAAGGGGAUGGGGUUGAGGAGGGAGGGGGGGGGGGGUUGUGCCCAUCCAGCCUGCCGACCACCACCCAAAGACACCCUCAAGCUCCCCUUCCAACAACAUCAACAGCCCCCACCUCAGAGGACUAUAUAACCCUGUGCAGUACAGGAACAAUCAGUUUAACAUUUGAGGAGCCCUCGUCUGUUCCCAGAGAUUACCAUAUUUUACCUUUACCCUUCUUCUUCUUCAUCUCUCUCUCUCUCUCUCUCUCUCUCUCUCUGCCUCAAUGUGUCCCUCUCAUCCAUCUUGUCUUUCUCUGUGGCAGUGCUCUGUCUUCCAUAUUCUUCUUCUAUCUUUCUCUGUAAUGGUCUUUUUUUUUUUUUUAUUGGCGACAUUUACAUAGGAAAUUACUGCCUGCUGGGUCUGUCACUUGAGCCUCACAUGUAACUCUUGUCACAAGUCAGUCUCCAGUGAUCGUUUGAAGAGACACAGCAAUUGUUACUGAAUGCAUGAGGUUCUGUAUAUGUGGGUGGGUGCGAAAUGCCAGAGCAAUUUCUCUCAGAAACACUAACUCGACAUCCUGACGAACUGAGGAUAGUUUUCCUUUGACGUUCAGAAAUAUUUGUAUCAAACUCUCCGAAAGGGACAUUUCCCAUACACUUCCCACAAUAGCUUUUUUUUUUGGAUGACUUAUAUGGAUGACUUUCUAUAAAAGGGAGUGGAAGAAUAUGCUAAAUCAAACAAUAGACUACCUUGUGGUUGAGUGGUGGCACACUUGAUGGUGAGGUGCAAAAAUGAACAAGCUGCCAGUGUACCCAAUUAAGCCUUGAGUGCUUUUGUUCCCGCCCUGGCCUCUGUGGCUGCAAAAACAAUGAGUUAUUUAUAGACACCUCUUUCUUCCCCCCUUUUUUCUGUCUGUCAUCAAAUCCCUCUUGAUGGUUCUAUAUCAAAUUGUGUUGGUGUAUAAAGUACAAAGGCCACAGUAAUCCCAAACAGUCAUGGACUUGCCUGAUGCGAACGCUGCCUACCUUCUGGAAAGACUCAGAUAUUUAUGCAUAGUUUCUAACAGUAUUAGUGAAUUCUUAAUAAAAAAAAAGCUCCUCAGUCAAA